AAUAAAGGAAGAACCAAAGCUUUUAAAGCAGUUCGGUUAAUCUAUAUUGUAAUUUGUUUUAGACAAGAGAAAGUGUCUGAUCCAUGGCUGCAUCCAGAGAGUUUAUCAUAUGUUUCAUCUUAACACUUCUGUUGUGCACUUUCUUCAUGAGAGUCGAGUCUAGUGCUGCAGACAUCAGAGGAGGAUGUGGCGGCGGUGACGGUAGUUUUCGGGAAGAUAAUGAGCGGUGUGUAGAGAAGGUCAAAGAUGACGACGACGAUGACGACGUGGAUGAUGUUUUCAAAGUGAUUAAAAAGCUGAGGAUAUAUGCUUGAUCAUGGUUCAUCUUUUAAUUAAUUAUAUAUAGGGCUAUAUAUAUUCAUACAUUUUGUUCGUUUUAAUUUUAUUUUCUGAA